GGAGGUUUAAAUAAGCAAAACAAUGCUGUAAUUGAUAAACUAAAAAGUUUUUCGGAACUCCUUUUAUUUUCUUACUAAAAAAAUGACAAUACUUUAUAUUUAUGUGUAUACAUAAUUUUGGGGUUUUCUAGCUUAGAUAUGAAGGGGGUUAACACUGAAACAAGAAGAAGAGGAGACAAAAGAGCAAGAGGGGUGAAAGGGAGUUUAGUACCAAUGGGUCUGAAGAUGCAGCAGGGCCACCAUCAGUCUGUUGCUGUGAGAUUGAAUGGGCAAAUGGGGACCAAAAGAGGGUACACAUUCAUUCAAGCCAACAGGGCUUGGCUCCCAAAGUUUCUGCUGCUUUGGAUCAUGGCGAUGGCAUUCUUGAGCAUGACCAUAUACAGUAGGAUGGAUGCCGAUAACAAAGUGCGAAGGAAGGAGGUACUAGGAAGCAUGUGUGAUCAGAGAGCUAGGAUGUUACAAGAUCAAUUUAGUGUUUGCGUUAAUCAUGUUCACGCUCUCGCCAUCCUCGUUUCCACCUUCCAUUAUUACAAGAAACCUUCAGCAAUUGAUCAGGGAACUUUUGCCGAGUACACAGCUAGAACCGCUUUUGAGCGGCCAUUACUGAGUGGGGUAUCCUAUGCACAGAGAGUGAUUAAUUCAGAAAGGGGAAAUUUUGAGAGGCAAAAUGGUUGGACAAUAAAGACAAUGGAGACGGAGCCUUCACCUGUGCGAGACGAGUACGCUCCUGUCAUUUAUUCUCAGGAAAGCGUUUCUUACCUUGAAUCACUUGACAUGAUGUCUGGAGAGGAAGACAGAGAAAACAUUUUGAGGGCGAGGGCUACUGGGAAAGCCGUUUUGACAAGCCCUUUCAGACUGCUGGGAUCUCAUCAUCUUGGUGUUGUGCUGACAUUCCCGGUUUACAAAUCCAAGCUCUCUUUGAGCCCAACAGUUCAAGAGCGCAUCGAAGCAACUGCAGGAUAUGUUGGUGGAGCCUUUGAUGUCGAGUCCCUUGUGGAGAAUUUGCUUGGCCAACUUGCUGGGAAUCAGGCAAUUUUGGUGAAUGUAUAUGAUGUCACCAACUCCUCUGAUCCCCUGAUCAUGUAUGGUCACCAAUAUCGAGAUGGUGACACCUAUCUCUUACAUCAGAGCAAGCUUGAUUUUGGAGAUCCUUUUCGGAAGCAUCAAAUGAUAUGUAGAUACCAUCAGAAGGCACCUGUGUCGUGGACAGCACUCAGCACGGCGCUUUUGUUCUUCGUGAUUGGUUUACUAGUAGGUUAUAUCUUACAUGGUGCAGGAAUUCACAUUGUUAAAGUCGAAGAUGAUUUCCAGGAAAUGGAGGAGUUGAAAGUUCGAGCAGAAGCUGCAGAUGUUGCGAAAUCACAGUUUCUAGCUACUGUUUCUCAUGAAAUUAGAACACCCAUGAAUGGCAUCCUUGGAAUGCUUGCACUGCUUUUAGAUACAGAGCUGAGUUCAACUCAGAGGGAUUAUGCUCGAACUGCACAAGCCUGUGGGAAGGCACUUAUAGCAUUAAUUAAUGAGGUGCUUGACCGGGCAAAAAUUGAGGCUGGCAAGUUAGAGCUGGAAGCAGUCCCAUUUGACCUCAGAUCAAUACUAGAUGAUGUCCUCUCUUUAUUUUCCGAGAAGUCUAGACACAAAGGCAUUGAGCUGGCAGUGUUUGUUUCCGAUAAAGUUCCUGAAAUCGUAAUGGGUGAUCCAGGGAGGUUCAGGCAGAUUAUUACAAAUCUUGUGGGCAACUCUGUUAAAUUCACUGAACGUGGACAUGUACUUGUUAAAGUCCAUCUAGCUGAACACACAAAGGCCAUGGUAAAUAAAAAUGCUGAAACUUGUCUGAAUGGUAAAUCAGAUGGAGGUCUAUUUGUAUCUGGUGCUCUUCAGUUUAAAAACUUGAGCGGUUGUGAAGCUGCUGAUGAGCAGAAUAGUUGGGAUAUGUUUAGGCAUCUGAUUGCUGAUGAAGAGUUCUGUUCUGAUGCUUCACCUAACAUAAUGAACACAAAUGAAGUGGUCGAACAUGUCACUUUGAUGGUAUGUGUGGAGGAUACUGGAAUUGGGAUUCCACUUUCUGCCCAGGAUCGGGUUUUCAUGCCCUUCAUGCAGGCAGAUAGUUCAACCUCUCGACAUUAUGGAGGAACUGGUAUCGGCCUGAGCAUCAGCAGGUGUCUGGUUGAGCUAAUGGGUGGCCAGAUAAAUUUCAUAAGCCGACCUCAGGUUGGCAGCACAUUUUCAUUCACUGCUGUUUUUGAAAGGUGCAAGAAAGAUGCUUUCUGUGAUAUAAAAAAACCUAAAUACGAAGAUUUGCCUUCUGGUUUUAGAGGAUUAAAAGCAUUAGUUGUUGAUGAGAAACCAGUUAGAGCUGCUGUAACUAGGUACCAUUUACAGAGACUAGGUAUCCUCGUUGAAGUUUCUAGUAGCAUCAAGAUUGCAGUUGCUAUGUGCGGAAAUAAUGGUUCUUUGACAUCUCGAAACUUCCAGCCAGAUUUAAUUCUUGUUGAGAAGGAAUCAUGGAAGUCUGGUGAGGAAGGUCUGAAUGUUCAACUAUUAGACUGGAAACAGAAUGGGAAUAUGUUUCAGGCGCCUAAGUUGAUUCUUCUCGCAACCAAUAUUGUUGAUGCCGAAUUUGAGAAAUCAAAGGCAGCAGGUUUUGCAGAUACUGUGAUCAUGAAACCUUUGAGGGCAAGUAUGGUUGCUGCAUGUCUUCAACAGGUGCUGGGGAUAGGGAAGAAGACACGGCAGGGGAAAGACAUGCCUAAUGGAUCUUCUUACCUUCAGAGCCUGCUUUGUGGCAAGAAAAUUUUAGUUGUUGAUGACAAUAGGGUUAACCGCAGGGUUGCCGCAGGUGCGCUGAAGAAGUUUGGAGCUGAUGUCGAGUGCGUUGAGAGUGGGAAAGCUGCUCUUGCAUUGCUUCAACUACCACAUCAUUUUGAUGCCUGCUUCAUGGAUAUUCAAAUGCCUGAAAUGGACGGGUUUGAGGCCACUCGUCGAAUACGCCUAAUCGAGAGUAAUGCUAAUGAGCAAGUGAAUGGUGCAGCUAAUGAUAUAGGCACUAUUAGGAGAGAGUGGCAUGUGCCAAUAUUGGCCAUGACAGCCGACGUGAUUCAUGCCACAUAUGAUGAGUGCCUGAAAUGUGGGAUGGAUGGGUAUGUCUCGAAGCCUUUUGAGGAAGAGAAUCUUUACCAGGCGGUUGCAAAGUUCUUCAAAUCCAAAUCCAUGCCUGACUUAUAACAAGAAUUUCCAGUCACAUUACUGGCAAACCUGAAGUGGCAGCUCGUGUGGGAUGAAAAUUUCCAGAAAUUGAAUGCUUGGUAUAUUUCGUUUUCCUACAGAUAGCAAUGGUGGGUUUCCUUGAAUGCAAAGAAGUCCUCAACUGACAUCGUUUACAGGUUCAGUGAUUAUUUCUAACCGGCUCCAAUUUAAGAUGAUUAGAUUUUAAGUGCAUGUAUAUUGCUACAAACAUCUCCAUCCGCACUUGUAUGUAUAGAUCCCUAGACAGGGAGGGAGCCAAAUUGUGUAGAUCAUAUAUUUUCGUUUGCUUUCCUGGGAAUUCUUUGGAAAAUGUCUGAGUACCUUAAUUUGUAUAAUUCUGUUGUAAAAGACUUUUGGGCAAUGAACAUUUUGUACAUUGAGAAAAGGAAAAGUUGUUAUGACUGAAACCAGAUAUUAAACUUUGUUAGAAA